UCUUCUCUUCCAGGUGGCGAAGGUGCCGGCACGCUCAGGGGCGCGGUCCGGAUGCAAGCCCAGCCUUCUUUUAGCGGCCUGGAGCCGCGGUGACAGGACUGACGGUGUCUCUUGUCAGUGCCUGGUGUUCUUAGGACUCGGGCAGCUGCUGCAGCCUUGUGGGGCACACAGGGAGGGUGGCUCAGAUGGGACGUGGGGUCAUUCCCCCCGCCCCGACCUGCAGGGUCCAGGUGGAGUGGGGUCCGCUGAGAGCCAGUCUGAGCCGAGCGGCACCCACCCCUCCGAAUGCGCUGCCUCCGACCCAUCCCUCCGAGUGACAAGGAGAGGGGAACGAGCUCUCUCUUAACUGGAGAGUUUGCUUUCUUACUUCCCCCUGUCCCUGGAGAGGAAGUCCUCUGUCGAACAAAGACUCCUCCCUUUCAACCACCGCGGCUAAUAUGGAUCGUAAACAGCCUGCUGAAUGAGAGCCGCGAUGAUCUUGGCACGUCCUGAAACAUAUGCCUGAGUAGCGCAUCUGGGUUGUUACUCGUUGAGUUAAAAGAAGCAUUUAGCCGUAUCUCAAACUCCUCCUCCGUGUCACCACCUCCCAGCGUGGAAGGAAGUGCCAAAAGGAAUCAACUGGUUGUGAGUAGAGGAACUGACUGCUGAGGAGUGUCCCGGGAGGGGUGAUGCACCUAGUCUGCUUUCAGCUGAUUUCAGAAGCCUGCAUCCGGAGCCUUGGGUUGCCCAUGAGGAUAACUAAAACAUCAAGCUAUGCAGAAAAAUUCUAAGAGGAACAAUAAUUCAAGAGCUCCUGCCCUAGAAGUGAACUCUGUGGAUACUGAGACGGAAAGAAACAAGAGUCAAAAUAACUUUGUUGAACUGCUGCCUCUAGAAGUCACGUUUAAAAUUUUCAGUCAGCUAGACAUUCGGAGUUUGUGCAGGGCGUCAGUGACGUGCAGGAGCUGGAAUUAUGCAAUAAGAAACAGUGACUCCUUAUGGAAACCUCACUGCUUGACUGUAAGAACAGUGUGCCAGAGAGAAAUAGAUGGCGACCUGGAACGCGGCUAUUCCUGGCGGGUAAUACUACUAAGGAAUUACCAGAAGAGUAAAGUGAAACAUGAAUGGCUAAGUGGCAGAUACAGCAACAUAAGUUCUCCAGUUAGCCUUCCAGAGAAAAUCAUGUACCCCAUGGAUGCAGAUACAUGGGGGGAGAUUCUAGAAGCAGAGCUGGAAAGAUAACCAGAAAAAUCAGAAACAGAUCUCCUAACCUGGAGAGUUUAAAACUAAAAUGACUCUUAGAUUGUUGCAAAAGGUAUAUCUUAAACUGCCCAUUUUCU